CGCCAAUGUUUCAAUUAGAUUCUAACCUCAAUAUACACGUGCGUGCAUACUGCAUGAAUAGUUUAAAAGCAGUUUCCAAUUGUUUCCUUAAAUUUAAUUUAGCAAUACAAUAAUGUCGGAAAUGCAGGAAGAAUUUGAAGACAUAAUGGAGCAAGACGAGGAUGAUGAAGACGACACUGAAGAUAUGGAAGAAGAAGGUGAAGAUGGUGAAACAAAAGCAACAAAUACUGAUGGUGAUGUAUACUUGCCUGGAAAACCACUCGAAGAAGGUGAAGAAUUGGUGUGUGAUCAAUCUGCAUAUGUUAUGUUGCAUCAGGCACAGACUGGUGCACCCUGUUUAAGUUUUGACAUCAUCGCAGAUAAUUUAGGUGAAAAUAGAGAAACAUUUCCUAUGACUGCAUAUGUUGUGGCUGGAACACAGGCAUCCCAAGCACACUUGAACAGUGUUAUUGUAAUGAAAUUGAGUAAUCUACAUAGGACAAGCAAAAAUGAUAAUGAAGAUGAUGAUGAUGAGGAUGAGAGUGAUUCAGAGCAAGAGGAAGAAGAUGAAGCAAAGAAGCCCAAAAUGGCAGGGGCAUUGAUCAAGCAUCAGGGAUGUGUUAAUAGAAUUAGAGCCACUACAUAUAAUAACACUGUUCUGGCUGCUUCAUGGAGUGAACUGGGCAGGAUUAGUAUAUGGAAUUUAAAUCAACAAUUGGAAGUUGUCAAUAAUGAUGCAUUAUUAAUGAAAUACAAUAAAGAGAAUUUAGGAAAUAGUGUAACAGCUGUAUUUACAUUUAGUGGCCACCAAAAGGAAGGUUUUGCUAUGGAUUGGUCAAAAACACAAUCAGGAAUGUUGGCAACAGGAGAUUGUAAAAAAGAUAUACAUAUCUGGACCCCUGGUGAAGGCACAUGGACAGUAGAUCAACGACCUCUAAUCGGUCAUAAAGAUUCCGUGGAGGAUAUUCAAUGGUCACCAAAUGAAAGAUGCGUGAUGGCUUCUUGUUCAGUGGAUAAGACGAUACGAAUCUGGGAUACACGAGCGCCCCCUCAGAAAGCAUGCAUGUUGACCGCAGAUAACGCUCACGAUUCAGAUGUGAAUGUCAUUCACUGGAACAAGCAUGAGCCAUUCAUCGUAAGCGGUGGUGACGACGGUGUGCUAAAAGUAUGGGAUCUGCGUCGUUUUCAACAGAAAACACCAGUUGCAUUCUUUAAACAUCAUUCAGCGCCGGUGACAAGCGUUGAAUGGCAUCCUACUGAUGGUGCGGUGUUUGCUUCUGCGGGUGCGGAUCAUCAAAUCGCAUUGUGGGAUUUAUCGGCUGAGAAGGAUAAUGAGACUGCCACGGAAAUACCGAAUUUGCCAGCACAAUUAUUGUUCAUUCAUCAAGGACAAACUGAUUUAAAGGAACUUCACUGGCAUCCGCAACUUCCAGGUGUGAUUAUCAGUACGGCGCACAGUGGUUUUAACAUUUUCAGAACAAUUAGCGUUUAAUAAUGUUUCGUCAAUCAUGUUUCUAUUGAUCUUAAAGGAAUUUAUAAUGAAGAAACUGAAAUGCUGAUAAAGUUGGUAAAUUUUAUUAAUUACCAAAAAAAUAAGAACUUGAAAUGUUGA